GUGUGCGACUAGCUUUGGAGACAUCUGCGCCGUCGUCAGCCAGGAGUCGACCGAGGAGUAUCUGUUGCAGAAGUUCUACUACCUGUGUGAGGACGGCGUGUGGGGCGUGCGCAAGGCGUGCGCUGAGUGCUUCAUGCAGGUGUCGUGCGCCGUGUCGCCGUCCAUACGCAGACGCGAUCUCGCUCCUCUCUUCAUCAGCCUCAUCUGUGACCAGUCGCGAUGGGUACGCAUGGCAGCAUUUCAAGCUCUAGGCCCGUUCAUCUCGACAUUUGCCGAUCCUGCCUCUACGGGGCUCAUAUAUUACGAGGACACGGGCCACCUGGCUGAACACAAUCGCAGCAACGCUGAGAAGUCUCCGCCGCCGGCCGCCGAGCAGCCGGCGCCCUCUAGUGACGAGAAAACGCAGAGCGGCAAAACUUCAUCGUCGUCGUCGUCGUCAUCGUCGCAGCAGCAGCAGCAGCAGCAGGGGGAGGUAGAAGACAUGGAGGUGGACGAUGAGGAGGAGGAGUGGGAGAGGUCCGGCAGCCAGAAGGAGGCGAGGGAGGAGGAGGAGGCGAAGCUGCGCGGCAACCUGACGAUGUCGGCGGAGGAGGAGCGCGUCGCCAGGAUGCUCGCCGCCGCCGCCGCCGACAGCAAGGUGGCGCCACCGACGACGCCCCCUAGCGGCACGGAGGCGGAAGCGAUCGAGACGUUCAACGCGUUCAACUACUGGCGGACGCCGAUCGCCGACCUCGACCUGACGGCGGCCGCGGCGGGCGACGACGGCGGCGAGGACCGUGAUGAUGACGAUGGCAGCCCGGCGCUGCACAUGGCGCGGCUCGUCUCGUCCGGCGGCGACUACGACGCGAUCGAGCGCGGAGAUGGCAGCACCGAGGCGUCUCAGACUCCCGCUGCCGCUGCCGCGCCGCCACCCACCCAGAUGUUUUCGACGCUGCACAUGGAGCCAGCAGGGGGCGCCGGCGGCGAGCGCGACGACAGUAAGGGCUUGCAGAGGAACGGUGUGGUGCCUAACGCAGCUGCUGCUGGUAGAGUAGACCCCGCCCGGCUAACUAACUCCCCCGCUAGCUCGCGCGCCUUCCACGUGGAGACGCCAAACUUUUUCUCUGGGCACAUUGCAGGCGUCGACACGAACCGGUUGAGCUACAUCGACGAGUCGGAGUCUGACAACUCGUUCUGCGACGCGGCCGAGAAGCGGGGUCUGUCUCACGACGACGGCGAGGUCGUGCCACAGCAGGAGCAGAUCCCGCAGAGCCUUCUGGAGAAGUUCACGAGCAUGACGCAGAUCAUCCUCGCACAGACGGUCGACACGGAGAUAGCUAAGCACUGUGCGUACAGCCUGCCCGCCGUCGCCUACACGCUCGGCCGCUGCAACUGGAGCUGCCUGAAGAACACGUACGAGACGCUCGCCUCCGACAUGCAGUGGAAGGUGCGGCGGACACUGGCCUUCUCCAACCACGAGCUGGCCGUCAUCCUUGGACCAGACAUCACCGCCAAGGACCUCGUGCCCAUCUUCAACGGCUUCCUCAAGGACCUCGACGAGGUGCGCGUGGGAGUGCUCAAGCACCUGUUCGACUUCCUCAAGGUAAGCGCCCUCUGGCGGCAGCGGGAGGGGAGGGACGAGGUGCGCGUGGGAGUGCUCAAGCACCUGUUCGACUUCCUCAAGUGCCUACACCUAUGUCAGCUCUUCACACCCGGGGAGAUCAGUGAGCACAUAGUGCCCGUUGCCAUGGUGCUAGCAUCCGACAAGGUGUCAGACGUCCGGUGCAUGUCCUACAAGCUGCUGGGGGUGAUCCUGCGAUCACUGCGGAAUUCUGAGAACCUGAUGCAGGGCUUCGUUAACGAUCUGAUUGAGGGACUCGCGCUCAGCUACCGCUGGAGCGGCCGACACGGGUUCGCGAUGCGGUCAGUACCUGCUGCGUGA